CCUAAUCUCUGCUUCAAUCUUCCUUAUCCUCAUCGACAUUUGCAGCUCGUUUUUCUGUCCCCGGGAUCCUGCUUUCGACAUAUUCCGUUCGCCGCUUUCAGCACCUCGAUUGCUGUUAUUUUUCUUCCAUUUCCGUUCGUCUUCAACUUCAAUCAAGCAGUAUUCGAGCUUUGCAUAUGUUUUAUGCCUCAAUCUUAGGGUCUCAUCUCGAUCGUUAGACUUAUAUACCCCUCUGUAUUUGUGUAUACGGGGUUCGGCUCGGUUUCAAGUAAUUCAACCGUUUGAUCUGUGAAUUCAUCGAAUAAUUAUAGCUGGAUGGGCUGAAAUUGAAGUUCUCUGAUUUAUGAACCUUGCUAGCUAAUAGAUCCUUCAUAUUAAUACGACUAUGUUUGUCCCAAGAGAAGUGUGAAGAUUUUGUCGUCGCUCGUCAGAAUCUUGCAGCCGUUGCCAGAUUUUUCUGAAAAUUAUCGCUAUGGCUGAAAUGACUCGACAUGAUGGAAUAAAGCAAAAUGGGUCACUAAACUGUCUGCGCUUCUUUCUUAUGAAGCAGCGGUCGGUCUAAGCAAUUUUGGACGCAAUGUUCACAAUAGGUCAUCCAGAAACAGUCUCUCUGUGCUUUAGUACAGAUCAAAAUGGAGGGGCAAGCAUCUUUGCUUCAAUGGAUUUGGAAUUCUCAGAUACCAGGAGCAGCAUUCAACAAUUUACACCUUUAGAUGAACAUGCUUCAAAGGUGAGGAAACCUUACACUAUCACGAAGCAACGGGAGAGAUGGACAGAAGAAGAGCAUAGCAAAUUCCUUGAUGCCUUGAAACUAUAUGGUAGAGCGUGGAGGCGUAUAGAAGAGCAUGUGAGCACAAAAACUGCAGUUCAAAUUAGGAGCCAUGCCCAGAAGUUCUUCUCCAAGGUUGCUCGUGAGAAGGUGGGUAGUGAUGUCAUUCCUGCUAACCCAAUUGAAAUACCCCCUCCUCGUCCAAAAAGAAAGCCACUGCACCCUUAUCCACGCAAACUAAUAAGUCCAGGUGGAGGUCCGGCCCAAGAGAAUCUGGCCACCCAAUCCCCAGCUUCUGUAUCAUCUCCGCUUGAUUCAGAAAGUGAAGGCCCAACAAACUCCACUGUUAAUGGUAGCAUGGUUGUUUCACCAGGUCCUGGUGACAAUUCUUCUAGGUUUUUUGUACCUUCUGAACAAUGUGACUUGAUGGUUGAAGAGAUCAGAUCUUCAUCCUCACUAGUCCAACAGGAUACUGCUAUUCCUAGUCCAAAUGAGCAACCUUUCUUGAGGCUAGAAUUAUUACCUAAAGAAACCGAAUUCAUGGAAGACUGUUCAGCAGAAGCAUCAUCAUCACACAGACUGAAGCUGUUUGGGAAGACGGUAUUAGCAGCUGAUUCCCAUAGACCAUCGUCAUCCCGGGCCUUGGAGUCACUCUCAACAGACGAAGUGGAAGAUAUGCCUGCAUCACAAGCAUUGCCUUGGGGCUUGGUUCCAGUGAAACUUUUCCUGGGUAAUUCAGACUCCUUAUAUUACCCGUUGGUUGUUGCUAAGUCUCAACUGUGGGGGUCGCCAUGUGCCACCACUUCUCUUUCUUGUAGUACCCAACAAGUGCAUGAUCCAAUGCCGAUCAAAGUACAAUCAGUUUUUGAAAACAAAAAGAGGGAAGAGCAAGAAAACCAUUUGGAAGCUUCUUCUAUGAGUUCUAAUAGUAAAUCAAUUGAGAUCAGUAGUAUGAAACUCAGAGCAAGGUCCACCAAGAGAAAGAAAGGUUUCUUGCCUUACAAGCGAUGUUUAGCAGAAAAAGAAAACCAUGCUUCAACAAUGAUGGGGGAGGACAGAGAGGAACAACGAACCCGACUAUGUUUAUAGCAAGGUCCCGCCCCUGGUUUUUGCUGUUUUCAAGCAGAGAUUUUGUUGUCAAGGGUGAGAAUAUGACUUAUAUGAGAUGUUUAGCAGAAAGUGAAAACAAUGCUUCAUUAACUGGGGAGGACAGAGAGAAACAAACGAACCUGACUAUGUUUAUAGAAUUAUAGCAAGGUCCCACCCCUGUUUUUGCUGUUUCAAGCAGAGAUUUUGUUAUCAAUGGUGACAUUCUAACUUAGGGAACAUUAAACGAUAGAGCAGAAGCUUGUGUCGUCUUCUUCCCCAUUCUUUCGUCACUACACUUGUCAUCAUGUAUACAAUGGCCUAAAUAAUCAUGUGUGUGUAAUGUUAUUCUUACAUCGCACAUUCUUAACAGGACCCCAUGUCGCGUUCUAAUAUCUUAGCAUUUUUUUGUUGUAAAAUGUAAAAAAUUGUAAAUGUAUUUCCUUCUCUGUUUAUUUUUAAUUCUGAUGCCAUAUGCAGGUUCAUGUCAGUAGAAUGCCGAAACUCUUUUGAGAUUCAAGUUUGUUGGGGGUAGGAAAUUGUAAAUGUACAGUACAUAAUUUUCUCCUAUAUUAUAUUCGCCGUGUCUGUGAUACACGCUUGAUGGAGGC